AUGGCAGUCAGACUGUGUGAUGUGGCUUCUCUGCUUAGAAGUGGUUCGUGGGCAGCAGAGCCUUGGACUGGGCAGGUAAUAGCUGCCAUGGAAACACAAUUGUCCAAUGGUCCCACAUGCAAUAACACAGGCAAUUGUCCAAACUCUAUAAACUGCACAUCACCGGUGGACUCCAGCAAUACAGAGGACAGCAAGACCAAUUUAAUAGUUAACUACCUUCCUCAGAACAUGACCCAGGAAGAGUUGAAGAGCUUAUUUGGAAGUAUUGGAGAAAUUGAAUCCUGUAAGCUUGUGCGGGAUAAAAUA